UUGUUCAGUGAGUCCACGAUGCUGUCGCUCGCUAAUGUCGCCGUGAUACCCCUCCUCAUCCUCGGCGCGGUCGCGCAAUGCAAUACGGACCAAAAUCCAUACUGUCGCGGCAAUGACCAGUUCGAGGCCAUCUGCUGCCCAUAUCCCAACGUUUGCUACUGGGCAGACCGUCAAGGCACGCCCGGUUGCUGCGCUGCCGGGAGCGUGUGC